GUCAUCAUCUCAUUCAAUAGAAAUCCUUAAUCGAAUUCAAUACCGUUCCUUUACACAAUUUUGUGUUCUCGAAUCCGAAAUAUUAGAUUUUGUUUCUGAUCCAUCCUUAAUGGCCACUGAAGAUCCAGCCGCUGCUGUUGAGGCCAAUACUGAGCCGGCCACCACUGAGCCUGCAGAGGAAACACCGGCCACCAAGACCGCUAAGGCCAAAAAGGCUAAGGAACCCAAGGCCAAAAAAGCUGCUGCACCUAAGAAACGUAGUCCACCAUCCCAUCCUCCAUACGAAGAGAUGAUUAAGGAUGCCAUUGUGACUUUGAAGGAAAAGAAUGGUUCAAGUCAGUAUGCGAUUACUAAGUUCAUUGAAGAGAAACAGAAGCAUCUGCCUCCUAACUUCAAGAAGCUGUUACUAUUCCAUUUAAAGAAGCUUGCAGCUGCUGGUAAGAUUGUGAAGGUGAAAGGAUCAUUCAAGCUCCCACCAGCAAGGUCAUCGGCGCCAAAGCCUACUUCUCCUGCUGCUGCUCCGGCCAAGGCUAAGAAGAAGCCUGCUGCCUCCAAGCCCAAGCCCAAGCCUAAGCCUAAGCCCAAGCCAAAGGCUACUGCCAAGCCAAAGGAAACCAAGUCGACGAAGGCCGCUACCGCUGCUACAGCCAAGACGAAGGCAGCUGCUAAGCCUAAGGCGAAGCCAAAGCCGAAGGCGGCUGCCAAGCCUAAGGCUGCGCCUGCUAAGAGUAAGCCUGCUGCAAAGCCUAAGGCUGCUCCGGCUAGACCAAAGCCAAAGGAGAGACCGGCUAAGGCGGCUAGAACAUCGGCGAGGACGAAUCCAGGAAAGAAGCCAGCGGCUCCCAAGGCGGCAUCGAAAAAGGCUCCUGUUGCAAAGAAGACUCCUGCCAAAAGCGUGAAGGCGAAGAGCGUAAAGUCGCCAUCGAAGAGGGCUUCAGCUAGGAAGGGAAGGAAGUGAUGGUGGCGGAGGCAUACCAUAUGUUGUAGUGUUUGUAGGGUAGUUUUGUAAAUUCGGUGGCUUUGAGGUGAAUUUGGAUCCAUGUAUGCCAGUUGGACAAAAAUGAAGACAUCGGAUCUUUUUCUAUUUUAUUUUAUUUUAAUUUCUUAAUUUUAUUUAAUGGAUUUCAAACAAUAUAAGUUGUAAGAUCAGUUCAACUUAUAUAUGAUAUAAAUCUUUCUUA